UAUAUAUAUUCAAUUGGUUGAUUUUUAAAUUUAGGAGGGUAUUCAAAUGUAAAUUAAGUAUGUUACUGGUAGAAAACUGUAUAAAACAUCACUAUAUUUAGUACAACAAAUAUUUCAAAUUUGUAAAAUGGAGAUUGUUACGUGUAUAGCCCCAAUUAAUAUUGCUGUGAUAAAAUAUUGGGGUAAAAAAUGUGAAGAGAAAAUAAUUCCUGUAAAUGAUUCGUUAAGUGCCACAUUGGCACUCGAACAGAUGUGUGCCAAAACUACAAUUAUGGCAAGUCCAAAUUUUAAAGAAAAUAAAAUUUGGUUAAAUGGUAAAGAAGAAAGUUUUGAGAAUUAUCGCUUACAAAAUUGCUUGACGGAAAUCCGAAAUCGUGUACGCAACGAAGAAAACGAUUCGAAACAAAUUUUGUCAUGGAAAAUUCAUAUUUGUUCUGAGAAUAAUUUUCCAACUGCAGCUGGUUUGGCUUCAUCGGCAGCUGGUUACGCUUGUUUAGUGUACUCACUAUCACAAUUAUACUCAAUCCGAGGUGAUAUUUCGACAAUUGCUCGACAGGGUUCUGGCAGUGCUUGCCGCAGUACUUUAGGUGGUUGGGUACGUUGGCAUGCUGGUGUAAAAGAUGACGGUAGUGAUUCAAUUGCUAAAGAAGUUGCACCAGCAGAUCAUUGGCCAGAAAUGAGAAUUUUAGUUUUAGUCGUAAAUGAGACACAGAAAAAAUGUCCAUCUAGUAUUGGAAUGAAAAAUAGUGUUUUAACGUCUCAACUACUGAAGUAUCGUGCUGAAAAGUGUGUACCUGAACGUAUACAACAAAUGAGCCAGGCAAUUUUGGAAAAAGAUUUUACAACUUUUGCAAAAUUAACGAUACAAGACUCAAAUCAAUUCCAUGCUGUUUGUUUGGAUACAAAUCCGCCAUGUUUUUAUAUGAAUGACACAUCCAGGGAUAUUGUGGAGCUGGUACAUUGUUUUAACGAAGUUUCUGGAUCGCUAAAGGUAGCGUAUACAUUCGAUGCAGGCCCAAACGCAUGUUUAUAUCUUUUAGAAGAAACCGUGCCAAUAUUCUUAUCAGUAUUAAAUAAAAUAUUUCCACCCAACGAUAAUGAUAUCGACUAUGUAAAAGGAAUCCCAAUCGACAUCCCGUCUUCCGUACCAGAGUUUAUAAAAUCAAUUCCAAUAAAACCCAAGACAAAUGGUUUAUUAAAGUAUAUUAUUUAUACUAAAGUAGGCGAUGGACCUCGAUUAUUAAAUGAUCCAAACGAACAUUUACUUGAUGAAAAUGGUCUUCCAAAGUAAACAUGUUUUUGUUUUAUCGAGCUUAUUCAUAUUUUGCCUUGUUUAUAGUUUAUAAGUGGGGGUAUUUUAAAUACGGGUAAAAUAAUAAAUUAUAUUUCUUUGUUUAAUA